AUGGGUGAUAUAAGAACUUUUGUUUUCGCUAUAGAAGAUACGGAAACAACACAAGGUUUGUGUAAAACCAUUGGCCGUUCGAGUUCAUUUGAUCAAAAUAGUCUAUGUAAGCCGUACAAUCUAUAUUUUGAUGAGCCAGAACUAAGCAGACAGCAUGCUGUCCUAUGUAUAAAGACACCAAUACCCAAAAUUGAAGGAGUUCCCUCUAUAGAACAACUCCGCAUCUGCAUUCGGGAUUUGAAUAACAAGACUGGUACAGUAAACUUAGUGUCUGAUGGGCCAAAUGAUGAAAUUGAUUUGAAAAAUGGUGAUGCUUUUGGUUUGAUUGCAAUUGAUAAUCAUCCUUUUCGCGACAACCAUCAUUUAGCCGCCAAGUUAAUUUUCCGAAUUGAACUUGAGUAUUUCGAUGAAGCAAGGGAAAUCGUAAAGUGCACUAUUACAAAUGUAACAUUUGGAAAGAAUAAUACAGUGUCAUCUUUCCCUAUUCAUUCUGCAACAUCCACAGAAGAUAGCGAUUCAAGUUGGUACGGAUUGUCGGAAGCGAGUACGCAAACGGAAGUUGCAGAUGAGUGUCAUGAAACGAACACCAUAUUGACUCGAGGUGGUAGGUUUUCUAUCCUUUCGUUGAGAAAAAGAGGCAGCAAGCAAGACCAGAAGAUCUGCAGUAACUUUGAUAGAAAAAUACAUGAAACGAGUUCUUUCGAAGAAGAAAUCGAAGUUUGCACUGACACAGACACCACAGAAGAAAAAGAAGAAGAAGAAGAAAAAGAAGAAGGGGAUGAUGAGGAAGGAGAAAUAGAACUUGAAAUUAUUAGAGUAAAAAGAAUAAAGGGCAGGACGAAGAUAAAGAAGACGCUUACUUGCUUCUCGAAAAACAAGAAAAUUAUUACCCCUCAGCACUCCAAUAGUAUGUGGUUACUACUAAUAGUAAUCUUGAUUUUUGACCGCCUACUAUCGAAUUAA